AUGGCGUCGAGAAAAAGGAUACCAAAGCCGAACGAGGAGCACUUGUACAUGCUCGAAGUGUUCGUUGACCAAGUCAACUUUCUCCCGGAGAAACCCAACGUAAACGUUAAAAAUCUGACGAUUUUCGCGAGAUUCGCCGACUUACCGGAAUACAACCUAACAGUUCCUAGCAAUCGCGAACAGCUAGGAAAUUCGAGCAUCUUCAAAUCCGGUAAAUCAUGCUUGUUCGCCAAGUCGCCGACCGCUUUGAUGAAAACCAUGAAAGUCACCCCGUUGCGCUUGGACGUGUACCACGAGGAGUCGAGAAACGAGAACAAAGAGCUUCUGAGCAGCAUAAAGGUCGCUUUGCCGGCGUGCAUGUGCGACCACGUGUCAAAAUCCCGAAAGGAGACCAACGGUGCACCCCCCGUCAGCGUAUCAAAGAACGAUUUCGAUCUGACCGAUCCGAGCGGGCAGGCCUGCGGCAGUGUGUCUGUCGUCCUCCGACUAUCCUGUUUCGGUAGUUCCAUCGUAAAGCGUUUCUUACUGAACGGCAAAUCGUUCAUGUUAGAGGACUCUCCAGUACAAAAGUUUCUGUGCCCCUAUCUGACUUCGGCUCGGGCUGCAGAAGAACCUGUCCAGCAGGCGGCGUUGAAGCGUCCUGCUUCGCCACCGCGUGUUUCGAUCAACGAUCCCGGUUUCAAGGAUCUGACUACGGCGGAGAAGCUGAACGAUCCUAAGUUCCGAGAAUUAGUGUACCGAGCGUAUCCAGAUGAACCUACUUGCUGCUGUCAGCCGGCUGAUCGAUCGACGGGUCCCAUGGAAUGUCGUUCCGGCUGCAAGCGACCUUGCUGUAUGAAGCUGAGGGACCCCGAAUCGUUAGCCAGGCACCAGCCUCGGCCCGUAGACGACUCGGCCGAUACUUACUGCGUCAAUAAUUACCUAACCCCGAUAGAGGAUACGGGACAAGACUGCUCGGCGAGGCUCAGAGGCGGCGGGGACAUCGAGCAAAUUUACCUAGGCCCGGCCGGGUACAAAUGGCCCGACUACGACACUGACUGCUUCUACCGCGAGGAGCAGGAUGUCGAGAGGAUCCGUUUGGAAGGCGGCGGGGAGAACCGGUGCGGAUGUUCCGGUGGCACAACGUUGACGGACAAGUCGCAGCACGAGCGGCAGGGCACGUCAGCCGUGUUCGACGCGUGCAAGCCGCGUCUUACGUCCACGGGGCCGAGGCCAGGCUGCACUUGCGCCGGCAAAGACACCCAGAGCUGGCACACCGGCGUCGCGAAAUGCUCGAAGCAGCCAUGCCUCGGGAUCGACUGUCUAAUCCGAGCGUUCAAAGAGACACAGCAGUUCGUCGAUUCCAUCGGGAAAGUGCCAGGCCUCCCAGGACUCGGCCUGAUGGACCCGUCCGAGAGUCCGUACUUCGGCAGAGACAUCGACAAAGACUACUUACCGAAAGAAACCGGUACUGGACCACGAAGAAAGGAACAAGCGGCUCAGCAAGCGCCACCACCAUGUCACGCACCGUGUAACAGACAAGCAGUCGCGUUAGGGGAUGACCGUCCGCCGCUGCCCUACACACCUCCAGCACCUCUAGGAGCUAUCGCGCUACCGCCCAGACUGGGGAUCGUCCGAGAAGCUAUACCUGUGCUGCCGGACGUUCCGCCGAUCCUCGGCAGGAAGAGGAGAGACGAGAAGAAGAGCGACGAAAAGGCCGACAAGUCCCGCGACAAAGACAUCGACUCGACUGUCGGGAUCGCGGAUCUAGAAACGGGCCCUUGCGGCGAGCCGAUGUGCAAAUCCAGACGAAAGACGCAGAGUGAGAACCUCCUAGGUGCGCAGAGCGCGACUGUCAUGGCCUCUAAGUCCAAACUGGUUCGAGGAGUACCUGGCGCGAAGAAGCAACGAGCAGGGGAUGGGAAGCAGUUCAGGGGCGGCAGGGGGCGCGGCAGAGCGUCGAGACGCGAGAAAGGAGGCGCCGGUGGUGAUUAUCGAUUCUACGGUGGUGAUUUAGCUGGUAGCAAGGCUGCCGUUGGUCAAGGGCCGGUCCGAGUCAGCAAAAGGGUGAUGCGUUACGUAUACUUCGUCGGGGACCACUAUCCGGGCAUCAACUACGGGCACAGGGAUUGCAUCGACAUCCGCAUGAGGGUGCCCGCGAACAUGGGCUGGCUGUGGAACACGCUGUCCACGCCGGGUAAUCUGAAGCCGCGGAUCGGCUGGAGGCCGGGCGCGAUAGGUCGCCACCUGUACGGCAUGCUGCAGGAGGCGAAGGACGACUCGCAGUCCUACACGCCGGAGGAGUCGGCAUCGGCGACCACCACGAAAUCGGCGGAUCGAGGGCGAACCGGUCGUGGCAAGGCGACCGGCGAACGCGGAAGAACGCCGCCGGCCAGAGGAAGACCGGGAGUCGAGCGUGCCAGGGGCGGCGCGGGGCGAGGCGCGAGGCCGGCGACGGUGGACCGAAACCGCGUCCGGUCGGCGAGCGCGCGACAGAGGUCGGGGACCAGGAGACACGACCGGCAAGCCUCGACGUCGAUGAAGGGGGCCCAGUCCGCGCUGGAGGACGAGGAGGCGGCGAAGGACCCGCCGACUUUGCAUAUCCACAGAAAGGACGGAACUUAUUACGUGACGAUGUACCCGAUCAAGCAGGAGCAGCCCGCGGACGAGGCACGAGUGCCCGAACCGAUGAAGCCGCUCCAGUUCAAGAUCGUGAAGAACAAAGACGAGGCAUCGGUCGCCUCCAGCUCGACCGCCUCCGACAUGGAGAUCGAGUUCUCGCCACCGGCGGCGGUCACCAGGCCCCGUAGAAGGCCCGACGUGAUCCACGUCGAGACCCAGGUCCGCCAGCAAGAGAUCCUGGACGCGGUGAAGGUGGAAACCGCGAAAAAGGAGAAGAAGAGACGUGAGAGGAAGACGAAGCCGGAGUCUGGGAAGAAGGGAGUCAAGGAGAAGAGGAAAGCUUGA